AUACCCAGAUAAAGACCUUGCUGAUAAUUAUUGCCGUAAUCCUGACAGUUCUGAGAAGCCUUGGUGUUAUACAGUGGAUCGGGCCAAGGAGCGUGAAUUCUGUCACAUUCGUAAAUGCAAGAAACGUCCACACCUGCCUACUACAACCAACUGCUUCCGGCUGAAAGGAGACGACUAUCGAGGCAAGGUGAAUGUCACUACAUCGGGCGUCCCCUGCCAACGCUGGGACUCACAGACACCACACCGACACAAUUUCCACCCUGAGAAAUAUCCAUGCAAAGACCUAAGUGAGAAUUACUGUCGGAAUCCUGAUGGUUCAGAGGCUCCCUGGUGCUUCACUACCAUGACCAGCCUGCCUAGAGCUUUCUGUUUCCAGAUCAAGCGCUGUGCUGAGGAUGUGGAGGCAGAAGACUGUUACCAUGGAAAUGGGGAAGAUUACCAAGGCACAGUUAGUAAGACCCGGAAAGGAAUUACCUGCCAGAAAUGGAAGGAGAAAACCCCUCACACACUCCAGCACUUCUUCCCCUUACUACCUAAUGUGCGCCUUGAACAGAACUAUUGUCGUAACCCUGACAAUGACAGUCAUGGGCCCUGGUGCUACACUAUGGAUCCUAACACUCAAUUUGAUUACUGUGCCAUUAAACCAUGUGGUAAGUUUGAUUCAUGAUGAAGCAAUGGACUCUGCCUUAGUGUCUAUUCUUGGGAGCCAGCUACAGAUGUUGUCAUCUUGCCUAGAUUUUCUUCAAGGGGCCAAGAUUAUUCAUGUCCACAUUGGCCUCUGUGUGGCCAGAAAUCUUUGGCUUACUUGUUCUCUUUUGAAGCAGUAGUUGUUUCUUUGUUUGCAACACAAGUUGUUUGAGCAUUUGAAAGCAUAUAAAUAGUGGUGCAUGCAUUCACAAUAUAAAUUAAACAGUCUAGCACAACCACAACUCCCCAUUUCCAAGAGGGGAAGAUGGGCAGCAUAUAAAUACAAUAAAUACAUGAAUAAAAUAUACAACAAUAUGAUUUCUUAUUGAUCGUUGAGGUAUUUAUAUUUAUAUUCAUAACAGAACUGAGCACCUCUGGAUUUCCAAAUAUUGUUAGAUUCCAAUCCUAUUAACUUCAGAAAGUAGGGCCAGUGGAGACUUCCGGUUUGAGCUUCUUCAGCGAUAGACCGAAAUCCGUGAUCAUGUGCAGUUUCAAUCCAUGCUCGCCACCGGAGUGCCCCGAGCUGGCUGGAUUCGGGGCUAAGCCACCCCGUAGACGUGGUGAAGAGGGGGGAGGCUGCCAGCAGGGUUGAGGAGAGCCACAUCUCUCCUCCCCAGCUGGCCA